AUGUAUAUUCCCAGGAGAGAAUUCUAGUUUUCCUUCUUCAUCUCAAAACCCAUGUGUUUCACUAGAUAGGUGUAUAUUUGAGGAUGCCCUACUCCAGGCCAAAACUGAACGGGAUCAUCUGAAAUACUGGGAUUUAAAAACACCCAUUCUGGAUGUGAGGCCCAAUGUCAUUUCAUGGAGGAGCAGCCUUUACAAUGUAAACUGUAAUACAGGUGACAUCGAUGUAGGUAUUACUUGUCAGAUCUACAGAGAGAAAGACGGGAUUCCCUUUGCAUCAACGCAACCUUCUACUGGUCAAUGUAUGCUGGUCUUGAACAUGGAGCAGAUCCUGGGUGGAAUAGAUGUGCAGCGUGGAGAUUCUCUUAUCUUCACUUGUGAUUAUACAAAUGGUAUUCACCGCUCCCCACGUAGCAAAGGAGUUAAGCUUUUGGUGUCAGAAACAGGUCAAAUCAUAAAGCCUCAGAUUUCCAUGCGUCAAUCUGUUUUUAAGAAAGGAAAUUAUUUUCUUGUUCAGUGCCUGGGCACUCACUUUGAUAGAAUUGAGCAAUGUAAAUUCUACAACAAUUGGAAGAGUGAGCCUUUCAGUACCCAGCCCUAUGAUGACGAAAAAAAACUGUGCAUCAUCAAGGUGAAUCCGAGACACCUUGAAUGUCGUCAAAGUAAUGAAAGUAUAUGUGUCACCUGGUUGAGCUGUGACAUUGAUGUUAUUGUGAACGGAAAGAAGAUUACAUCACCACGCAGCGAGAUGGAGAAAGUUGAAAUAGAAAGCACAAGUUAUUUUGGAAUGCCCCAGCUUAAUGUGACUCCUGCAGUUUUUCAGAGUGAUGAAACAACUGAGAUGACCUGCAAUAUGCCAAGUUUUCAUGAGCAGGCUCAAUGCAACUAUUAUAAAGAUAAUGAAUCCAAGCCAUUUAGGUCAGUGACAUCCAAAGCAAACCACUGCCUGUUGUCUCUGAGUGGAAAAGAGCUACUAGAAGACAAGGGUGAUACAGCAAAGAGUGAGCUUGAAAUACGCUGUGAUUACAUGGAGAGCAAGAGUAGCGCUACAUUAUCACUGUUCAGCAACUCCAUCAAAGUGGUUGUUUUGAUGCUUCCAAAACCAAAAAUCUCCUUUCAGAGUAAAACAAAACUUUUCAUUCACUGUGAUGCCCCUCUCAGUUUUAGGGGGACUGUCUUCUACUUGUACCAAAAUGGGACUGAAAAGCCUACUGCUACAGUGAGUGCAUUGGAGACGGAUCAUUCAGUUGUUUUUGAAAUUCCAAGAAAUGGGAGCAGAGCAUCACUUGUAUACUCCUGUGUAUAUGAAUACCAAGGGCACAGAUCUGCAAUCAGUGACCACAAAGUGUUUAAUGAGUAUCAAGAUUACCAAGAGGAAUAUAUAUCAAGUGUUACUCUGGAGUUCCUUAUCCGAGUCAUUAUCGUCAGUGUCUACUUCUUCUUGAUGGGGCUCCUACUGGCCUGUUCUCACCACAAAUCCAGCAAAAACAGGUGGAGGCAACAAUGGGAGCGGCAACAGCUUCAAAGGCUUCCAGAAUCCAAACGCACAAAAAAGUCUUCUCUUCGAGCAGGUGAUAAGGAAUUGGACCCAGUUGCUUUGAAAGAAUCUGAGUUGGAUCUGUGAUCAAGGCAAGAGGCUACUGCUAACACAGUUUACAGAAGAAUUUCAGAAAGUGUAUAACAUUUAAAAGAAAUUUCUUACGCAUCUCUGAUGUAUGUUUAAAAUUGAAUGCAGCAGUAAGAGAUCAACCACAAACUUUAAAUAACUAUGUGAAGCUAAAAACUGCCUGGGACGGCCGCAUACUGUGUUUGAUGGUUAUCUGUGCAGUUAUUUACAUGAACAAAAAAUAUCAGCAGCAUCCUGCGUGCUCAGCACACACCUAAUCCACGCAGGGGUACUUUUGAUCACGUGGUUUGUCGUAUUAUAUACAUUGGGUAGUUUAAAAAUAAAUCUGCCUGUUGCAAAAGUUUUUUUCAGGUCAUCAAAAAUUACAUUCUAGGGAAAUAACACACAGGUCCAAAAUGUUCAACGGUUUUGUUUUCCAUUUACAAUAUUCAUAUAUUUAUGAGCUCACAAAAAAUGCCAUUACUUUCUACACACACUGCUUCACAGCAGGGCAUUCUGUGUCAGAGACCAUCUUCCAGAAGUGUUAUAUACCUACUUUAAACUCUGCUUUGAGGAUCUCAUGGGUCUGCAGUUCUAUUAUUUCAUAUUCAACUGCUGCAAGAUCAGAAGAGAGGAGUGUGAUGACUAGGGUCAGAGAUGAUAUUAACACAUGCAAUCAUUUCACAGUCGGUCCACAAAAUGCCUAUUAGACAUGUACAUCUUUGUAUCUUGACUCAAGCUCCUGCCUGAGUUACUCCAGAACUUCUACAGAGGCUUUCUAGUUGAAAUACUGCAAAGGUCAGUGUGAUCAUGUGUGGUAAGUUCUCUCACCUGUGAAAAACAAAAGAAUUUAUCUGGUUAGGGGUGAACAUUAUGAUGCUUUUAUUUUGGAAGGCCGUGACAGCAUAUACAGUUAGGUCCAUAAAUAUUU